AUGAGGACACUGAUACAGGGGGUGUUGAUCAGAGUGAGUGGUGAGGCAGCUCUAAAGAAGGCCAGUCUGAAGUCUCUGGGACUCACAGGAGGAAGUGCCAUAGUCAGGUUUUUACUGAAGAAGACCAAAUCGCCAGGCAACGGAGACGAUGACGGCAUGGAGGCGGUUUCCACGGCGACAGAUCCCGUCGCCAAGGAAACCAAGCCCCACCCUUUACCCCCCGUCGGACUGCCUCCUUCACAACCAGAGGGUGCAGCGCUGCCUUCAAUCAAAAAGGAGAGCCCUGACAGGCCGGUUGAGACUGUGGAUGCCCCAGUCCACGUCCCCUCGGCCGCUGGCAGCACACUUCCUGGCAAACAGGAAGCGGAAGUGGUUACAAACUCCCAAAUUGGGGUGCGGCCUAAAAGCAGUCCCUUCGGGGGAGUGAAGAGGGAGGAAGAGGAGGAUGGAGAGAGGGCAGGACCAUCUGGUCAGUGCGCUUUCCAGCCUUCUUCCUCCUCCUCUUCCUCUUCCUCUCCUCCCUCCGCUCCCUUCAUCCCUUUCUCUGGAGGGGGUCAGAGGCUGGGGGGGCCGGGGGUGAGCGGUGUAGGAUCAUCAUCAUCAUCAUCAUCAUCACUACCAUCAAUGGUUGGCGGGCCGCCCAAAGCCAAGAAAUCUAAACCCAACAACGCCAAGCGCCAAGCCAGUGCCAAACAGGAUGACUGGGCCGUGGUAGAGGAGGUUCUGCAGCCGGUGGACAGGGAACCCCUGAUCUACCACAUGGACUCUGGGGCGCAUCGCUACGGCAACGAACAGGACUUGCCAGACGAGUUCUUUGAGGUGACUGUGGACGACAUCCGCAAACGCUUCGCUCAGCUGAAGAGUGAGAGGAGGGUACUAGAGGAGGCUCCUCUGAUGACUAAAGCUCUGAGAGAAUCUCAGAUGAAGGAUAAGAUGGACAGAUACCCCCGAGUAGUUCUGAGGGUCCAGUUCCCUGACAGAUGUGUUCUACAGGGAUUCUUCAGACCUCUAGAGACAGUUGCUGCUCUGAGGCACUUUGUGAAGAGCCACCUGCAGGACCCCAUACCCUUCUACCUGUUCAUCGCUCCUCCUAAAACCAUUCUGGAGGACCCAACAGCCACCCUUUUCCAGGCUGACCUGUUCCCUGCUGCCCUGGUCUACUUUGGCUCUGACGUCAAGACAGAGAGUUACUUAGAGAGACAUCUCCUGGAUUCCAGUGUCUCGGCCCUACAAGCAGACGAGGCCAUUGCUGGCUGUAUGCCCAGGUCUUCGCCCCCCUCCUCCUUCUCUUCCAUGGUAACAGAGGAGCCCCUUCCAGACCCCCCCACGGGGACCAGGGAGAUUGAGGAGGAGGAGGAAGAGGAGCCGAACACACACAGCCAGGCCACCAAACCAGUCAGGACGGACACCGGCAAGGUCCCCAAGUGGCUCAAACUGCCAGGUAAGAAAUGAGGAUUGUGAUCAGAUGACUACGGCUACCAUAGAGGGACAUACAGAACAGAGCGGACGCCCCAACACACUGUUCCCCCUACCUUUUUAUUAACAUGAAAUUCCAGGCUCAAAGUGGAUUGUGAUGUAUUCAAACCCAUUGUGAAUCCAGUGUGCACUUCAAAUAGUUUUACAAGAGUUCAAAAACAUGAAACGAUCGAAAUAAAGGAAUCUAAAAUAUCUAUUGCCAA